GACGCGAGCGCGCGCUUCAUUACGCUGUACCUGCCGGUCGGGCGCUGAUCACUUUCAAUCAUGGCCAAAUCUCAGUCGAGGCGAUGCUGCUUCUGUUUACUCGCUUUAGUGUGCGCUGCUGCAAUUAUCAGCAUUUGCAUAUUUUUCAGCAAACAGAAAUGCGACUUUACUCAGGCGGCUGUUUCUGCGGACUCUCUCAUGUGCUCCAACAUCGGCAGGGAUAUACUGCGUCAGGGUGGCUCGGCGGUGGACGCAGCCAUCGCAGCACUGCUGUGCACUGGACUGGUCAACCCGCAGAGCAUGGGCUUGGGCGGAGGCUCCAUCUUUACCAUUAUGGACAACACAGGCAAAGUGAAAAUCAUCAGCUCAAGAGAAACAGUCCCGAAAGGAGUGAGAGCGGAUUUGCUGAAAGACUGUCCAAAAGUAUUGGCUAUUGUCACAGGUAGUCAAUGGAUCGGUGUACCUGGAGAGAUUCGCGGCUAUGAAGAGGCUCAUCGAAUGUAUGGAAAGCUGCCGUGGUACAAACUGUUCGAACCCUCCAUCAAACUAGCGCGAGAGGGUUUCCCGAUGCCAGAAUACCUCAGCCAAUUCAUACAGCAUGCCUAUAUUAAGCAGAUUCUGUACUCGGGAACUGGACUCUGUGAACUGUUCUGCAAGAACAAUAACACAGACGUCUUGGGCCCAGGGGAUACUCUGAAGUUCCCUCAACUCGCAAAAACUCUGGAAACCAUUGCCAAAGAAGGAGCAGAUGCCUUUUACUCUGGAAAAAUUGCCAGGGAUUUGAUACAGGACAUACAAGCUAAAAAUGGAGCAUUAUCAUUAGAUGAUCUGAAGAGUUUUAAGGUCAGAGUCAGUGACCCGUGGACUGUAGAUUUGGGGGAAUAUAAGAUGCACUUCCCUCCACCACCAGCAGGAGGAGCGAUACUCAGCUUCAUCCUCAAACUAAUGCACGAGUUCGGCCUUUCUCCAGCCUCCAUCCAAGGCGACCAGAAAACCUUGACUUUGCAUCGGUAUAUAGAAGCGGUCAAGUUUGCAAACGGACAGAGGCGUUUCCUUAAAGACCCCGACUUCAACUCUGGAGAUAUGAAGUCCGUCACAGAUGAGAAGUUUAUUAAGCGUAUCCGAGAUCUGAUUACAGACAGCGGCACACAUGAGGACUCUUAUUACAACAUUACACCAGCUGUGGAUCGCUUCGGGACCACGCAUGUCUCGGUGAUGGCAGCAGAUGGCAGUGCAGUUUCAGUCACAAGCACCAUCAACCACAUGUUCGGAUCAGCUGUUUAUUCUCCUAAAACGGGGAUCAUCCUCAAUAAUGAGCUUGUGGAUUUCUGCAACCGAGCAGAUUCUGUCAAACCAGGUGAGCAGCCUCCGUCCUCCAUGGCUCCUGCUAUCCUGCAGUCGCAGCAGAAAACUCUGGUGAUUGGAGGAUCAGGAGGAAGCAUGAUCACCUCUGCCAUGGCCCUGUCCAUUAUGAACCAUCUGUGGUUUGGGAUGAACCUCAACGACUCUAUUGCUGCUAAAAUAGUCUUUGUUGGCUCCAAUAACAUAGUCAACUUUGAGAAAGAUUACGAUAUCUCUGAUAUUAACGCCAUGAAGAAUUUAGGACACAACGUGCAGCACAAUCCAUACUUUUUCAACGUGGUCAACGGCAUCUCCAAAGAAGGACAGUGCAUAAGCGCUGUGUCUGAUGCCAGAAAAAAAGGCCAGUCUGCUGGAUACUGACCCUGCCGUCCACUUUUUAGACAAUACUCCAGUGAUUCAUCAAGCCUGCAGGAAGUGAGGGUGGAAGUAAAGGGUCAGCACUUCCUUUUUAGCAACACAAAUUCAGAUACAGGCUGAUUUAGCAAAGGGGUCCGUCCAUGUCUGUUUUGAACUCUUACAAAACAGAAUUAGUAUUUUUGAGUGUGUGUGAAUGUUUUUUAUGUAGCAGAAAAUUGAGUCCAGUUUAUUAAGUAUGAACCAUUUUUACAAGAUGGUUAUGAUCUGUUUAAGGGUCGUCAGCAUCUUAAAUCCUGAAAUGAUUUGAAUAUUUAGAUUUUUUUUAAACGUAUGUAAAUUACUUAAGCUAUACUUUGCAUUAUAUCAUAUCAUUCAUUUGUUUAUCUUCGGCUUAGUCCCUUUAUUCAUCAGGAGUUGCCAAAGCGGAAUGAACCGCCAACUUAUCCAGCACGUGUUUUAAACAGUGGAUGCCCUUCCAGCUGCAACCCAGUACUGGGAAACACCCAAACACACUCAUUCAUACACUAUAGAUUCAAUUCCCCUAUAGCGCAUGUGUUUGGAUUGUGAGAGAAACCGGAGUACCCGUAGGAAACCCACGCCAUCAUGGGGAGAACAUGCAAACUCCACACAGAAAUGCCAACUGACCCAGCUGGGACUCGAACCAGUGACCUUCUUGGUAUUAGGCGACAGUGCUAACCACUGAGCCACCAUGUCGCCCUGUAUUAUAUAAUUUUUUCUCAAAUUCGAAAAAAAAAAAACAAUUACCUCUUAUGAAAGGUGCUUAUAAUGCAGCAUGUAUGGAAGCGGGACAGUAAAUUUGACGUGGUUCCCUCUUCUGGCUGCCGUUAUUGGUCUUACAACUUUUUUUACUGUUUCUAAAAAGCUUGAUAACAUUAUUUUUUAGGUUUUUUUUUUAUUAUUGUGUAACUAGGAAUCCAAAAAAAUACUUUUGUUGUAAUCUCCCAUUCACCGUGCUCUAAGUUUACUCAAAUGGGAAAAGGGUCCAUUAUCUAUGGAGACCUGGAAGGGGCGUGACGGUGGGGAAAAAACUGGGUGAUAGGAAAAUUAACUCAUUCAUUUUCUUUUCAUCUUAGUCCCUUUAUUAAUCAGGGGUCGCCACAGCAGAAUGAACCGCCAACUUAUCCAGCACACGUUUUAUGCAGCGGAUGCCCUUCCAGCUGCAACCACACACUGGGAAACACCCAUACAUUCACACUCAUAGAUAUGGCUAAUUUAGCUUAUUCAAUUCCCCUAUAGCGCAUGUGUUUGGACUGUGGGGGAAACCGGAGCACCCAGAGAAAACCCACACCAACACGGGAAGACCAUGCAAACUCCACACAGAAAUGCCAAAUGACCGAGCCAGGACUCAAACCAGCGACCUUUUUGCUGUGAGGCGAUCAUGCUACCCACUGUGCCGCCCUGAUAGGAAAAUAUGUUUUAAGUUUUUGCGUUCCCUCGCGAAACACUUGUUCCACAUACACUUCCUGUUCACUUCACAUCAACCCUCCCGUUUUUGCCAGGAUUCUCCCGUAUUUUACCAUUCUAUCCCACUAUCAUCCUAUCAUUUAGUGUUUUCCCAUAUUUCUCCCAUAUUUUAAUCUUGAAAGCAUGUUGAGAAUAUAAAAAUGUCUACAUUCACUUUCUUUCCAUUAAAGCUGAGCGUCGAUCAUCGUCCUUUAUAUGCAACCUCUGAAUCAGUGAAUGCAUGUAUGAGCGCUGACUGACGGAGGUGCUCCGUAUGAUCCCAGAUUAGCUUCUGUACACGCCUUUUUGAAAAGGAGCUAAAGUACAGGACACUUUGGGAUUUGCAAAACAACCCUCGACCGCAGUCCAUGUUCGGUCACCAUAAACUUUAUUUAUGCCAUGUAAACUCCACAACAGCGGAAUUUACCCAGCUCACCACCAACGACAACAACCCUUUUCCUCGCGUCACUUCGGGUGUGUGGUACAUUCCCUUUCCGUCAAGAAUCUGUCAUUGUAAAUUUGUUUUGGGACUGGUAAAAGAGUUUUGCGAGUGUUAUGGAUGUGACAUUUGCAGUAAAAUCUCAAAACAUCAAUUGACAGAGGAAGUAUACGUUAACAUUAUAUUGAAACAUCCGUUUAUAUUUUAAUUUUUAGUUAAGGGAUCAGAAAAAUAUCAAUCUGUAAACAUUUUUAUAUUUUAAAUGAGGAAAAAAACACACAUUAUGGAUGUGACAAAAAAGACUGCAAGUCUACAACAUACUUUGCAGAAAUUCUGUGAAUUAAACUGCACAACCCAAAAGAAACGAUGCUAAUCGAAGGAUAAGAGCUGGAUCACUAUAGAACAAACAAGAUUGAUUUUAUUUUAUUUUACAUUUUUGUAUUUAUGAGGAAAAAAGUGUCGUUACGGAUGUGACGUCUCUCCGCAAUGGAUGUGACGGAUGUGAAAUUGCUACUGGUGUGACUUUGGUAAAUCAAAUAUAAUUGUUUGAAAACACUGACAGCGACAUUGAGUAUUUUUAAAGCCCUGUAAAAUACAAGCAUACACAAAAAAAACACAGAAACGGUUUAGUUAUUUUGGUGAAAACGUAAUUUUUUUCAUAGCAAGCUUGACAUUUGCAUGGAAUUGCUUAAAUUUGUUUUGUCCUUGGUAAAACCGCUUUUCCUAUUUAAUUGUUUGUUAUGAUAGGUAAAAAUGUUUUCCAAAAGGUAAAUUUGUCUCGAGCUUCGUAAAAGUGUUUCACAAUUUAUAAUUUUUUUUUGCACUUUCCGGCCACUGUAUUUUACUGAUGUACUUUGUUAAAUAAGAUAUGAAAAUCCACCUUCUUUCAGGAAUUUAACAAAAAAUACAUAAAAAUAAGAAGGAAAAAAUCUAUUUUUGGGACAAUUGAAUAAGAAGGGGUAUAUAUCUAUCUAUCUAUCUAUCUAUCUAUCUAUCUAUCUAUAUAUAUAUAUAUAGAGAGAGAGAGAGAGAGAGAGAGAGAGAGAGAGAGAGAGAGAGAGAGAGAGAGAGAGAGAUAGAUUUCAAAGUUUUGAUCUUCAAAUAUAAUAUUUGCAUCAUAUGAUGGCAAAAUAUUUCUAUAUGAUAUCUUUCACUGAUCAUUGUGCUUUGUUGAUGCAAGUUGUAGUUUUUUGCCCUCAGGCCAUUGAUUAUGGAAAUGUCUCCAUACUGAGAUGGCACAAAAAUACAUGUAUGCUGAGAAUUAUUCACUGGAGUGAAAGUAUGACAUCUUGUUGCCAUAAUGAAAAAAAAGCUCUUGACAUAAUCCAGCACUGUUUCCAUAGAAAUAUAAUAGCAUUAGGCUCAGGUAGAUGUUUUUAAAUAUAUAUAGUAUGUAUAUUGAAUCUUACUGAAUAUAAUGACCUGUUUUGAGAAGUUACUUUGGGUUUUAUACAAAAUCAAAUGUGAAUGAACACAACUGUAAAAGUAGGCUAUUUUGCAUUCAUUUUUUUAUGAUCUGUGAAUGUUUUUAUAUGCACUUUCUAUAUUUUCCACAAUAUUUUUAAACAUGUUAUAGAAUACACCAGUUGAACUUAAAUGGAGUAUUUUCUACUGAUUUUCUUCUUUUGUAUUUCAAUACUGUUGUAGCUUUUCAGAAAAUAAAGUUCAGACAUAAACGUCCAAUGAUGUGGACCACUGUGUGACCAUAAUAACUGAAU